AUGAGUGAAGGAGAUGAACUUGGUCAAGCUCCUAAGGGAUAUAAAUACAAGAGGACUCAAACCUCUGCUCUCUAUCAAGUAUCAACCAUGGAGCUCUGCAGAUCUUUGGUUAUGAGAAAUAUUUCGGCUGAAGAUCUUCAGGACGUGAGGAGGAUAUUUCGGAUGAAGGUCUACGCCCUGGUCUCCAUCUCCGGCGAUCCCUUUAUUCCUGCUGGCAAAUGGAACUCCACCACUGUGGACUAUGAAGGUGGCACCGACCCCACCUGGAAAACCCAAUUCAGUUUCACCCUCCAUGACCCCUCCCUCCACCGCAACCUCCAGCGCCUCAACUUCCAAUUCUACUGCGAGCGAUCUCUCGGGGACAAGAUCGUUGGAGAAUUCAGCAUCCCGGUGAAGUCACUCUUUGACAAGGUUGGGAACCGCGACGUUUCCAGCAGCGGUUGUUAUCCGGUGACGAAUUCUUCCGGAGGCGAACAAGGGGCUGUCAAGUUCACGUUCGAGUUUGGCCAGCCGCUUGCUCGCGUGGUAACGCCACCGCGGUCUCAGCUACCACCAAGGCCUCAAGUGCACGUCCAACCAACGGUAGACGUGCAACUGAACCUGAAUAUUUCAGGGGAUUGUCUGCAGCAGGGGUACACUGCUGCAUGUGAUGAUGACAAUGAAUUGGCAUGUGACGAUUGUUGUGAUGAAGAGGACGACUAUGAUGAUUUCUGUUAG